AUGUCAAAAGUUUUGUUAAUCGAAGACCAGCUUGCUGAACAGAAUGUGUUUAUUACCAAAAAGAGCUUUGCCGGGUUCAGUUUGUUAACCAAAGAAACAGGAAUAUAUACAAAUUCAUUGAUGGAAUCAUCCUCGUCCGGUCAACAGCAGGCAACACUUGCGUUAUCCGGAAACCAGUUCUUAGUCAGUUCGCUCUAUUCUACUACAAAUCAAUCCAAUGGUCAACCACAUGCAUUCAAUUUAUCAGAUCUUAUGCAACAAGAACAAUUGCUGCAGCAACAACAGCAGCUGCAGCAACAGAUGCAACAACAGCAACAAGUCGGAAAAUCGCAAACUCGGCAGCAAGCUCGAGGUAGGAAAGAGUCAAGAAGAUCUUGGACAAGUAACAAUAAACCAAAUUCAUGUCCCCAUUCAGGGUGUAAUAAAACUUAUUUUUUCACUCACGACCUCAAAAGACAUUUACGUCAGAAACAUGACGAAGUUGUUUUGGGAGAUGCGUUCGCUGGCGGGACAGCCAUGUACACGGCGUCGCUAACUCAGGAUCGUAAUAAUUUGCGUCAACAACAGCAAAUACAGCAACAGCUGCAACAACAGUUACAAUCAUCACAAGUUUCUAUAGAUGGAAAAGAACUUUACGUCGUAAUGCAAUCUCAGUUGACAACAAAAAGUGAAAUUAAUGAUGACAGUAACCAUUUAUCAGCAGGUAACACGUCGGUUCUCCCGGAAGAUGUUGAGAAUGUUGCACUGUCGGUGUCUGGAACGUUAAAUAAUGCUGGUGUAGGCAUUGUUGAUGAUAAAACACAAGCUGAUGAAAUUAUGACAACCUGA